AUGUCGAGUUUUGCUCUUGCUUUCCCCACCUCCUGGACCGUCGAUAGCAACGGCCGUUUGAGCACGACUCGGCAGGUGGAGCCUCGCCUCGACCCCUCUUCAUUCGAACCCUCAAGAAAAACUACGAUACUUGCGCCAGAAUCCCUCUCUCUAACUUUCUCCGGCGCAUCUAAAUACCCUACGGACUUUCCAUCCUCCUGGUUAUUCUCGGCGGGGAGUCAACCGUCUCGCGCCCAACAGGCAGCAUCGACACCAGAACAAGACCAACGACAUGAUCCGCUGAUUUCAGCGCAAAGACACACAACCACCUACUCUAAGCUCUCUAAUCUGAGCACCUCAUCCACGCUGAGGCCUACCGUCUCGGCAGCGAAUCAACUCUCCGCCACCACAGAUGACUUUGGAUAUCACGGAACGAAUUUGAAAGAGAAGCUUCUGGAACAUAUCUCACAACAUUCCUCACGGUCUUCACCAAAACUGCCACACUCGAUUUCCUUGAGCACUAACCCUCCCCUAAGUCACAGACAGCCUGGCAAUGCCGAAGGGCAAGCGCCGGACUCGCAGGCUGUUCCAACGUCACGGCCUGGCUCGAGCAAUCUUCACUCCUCCGGUAUCUCGGAGCCAGCGCAGGCUCAGUACGAUGAUGAGUCAAACUUGUCGGAUGGAUCUGGAGCAGGAGAUGCGCCAUAUCGGCCUUUUGAUUUCCCAGAUAACUAUUCCAUUGUCACCGCUGGGACUACUAUCACGAAAUGA